AUGUCUUUGAGUGCAUCCCUACAAAGAACGAUCCGUCGGUCGACUACGAAACCAUGGGCACACUGUUUCUCGCCGCAAACCACAGCAACAAAGCGAUACCUCCGCACCGCUCCAGAACAACCCAAGUCCCCAAUCCCACCACCUGCGCUCAAAAAAGAGAAGUCUGGAGAUGCUGGUCAUCUUUUAGCAAAGGCCGACGAACUUGUCAAUUGGGCAAGGCAAGGAUCACUUUGGCCACUGUCAUUUGGAUUGGCUUGUUGUGGAAUCGAGAUGAUGCAUACUUCGAUGCCGCGAUACGAUCAAGACCGGCUCGGUAUCAUUUUCCGCGCCUCACCACGACAGGCAGAUGUUAUGAUCGUGGCUGGUACAGUGGUCAACAAAAUGGCUCCGGCAGUGAGGCAAUUAUAUGAUCAAAUGCCUGAUCCUAAGUGGGUCAUUAGCAUGGGCAGCUGUGCCAACGGCGGAGGUUAUUACCACUACAGCUACAACGUGGUACGGGGAGUGGAUCGCAUUAUACCAGUGGACAUCUAUGUGCCUGGAUGUCCGCCGACUGCAGAGGCUCUCCUUCAAGGAAUUUUCCUUCUCCAAAAGAAGAUGCGCAGAACACAGGUAACGAGGAUGUGGUACAGGCGCUGA